AGUCAGUACGACUCGUACUUGUUCAGGCUUUCAAUCAAUAAUGAACUGAAUUGUUUUACGACUAUUGUCUCCUCGUAGGUUAUGGAAUUUUUUGUUGGGUUGUAAUGGAGUUGGAGUUGUUGUUGAUGGUCAAGUAGAUACUGGUGAUUCAGAUUGAGCAGCGUCCUAGUUGUUUGUGCGCGCUGCGCGUCCGUGCAAGUAUGCUGCGAGCGACUUGUUCCCUCUUGCCUCGCGCACACAUCCAGGCAACAAUCACCAGUGUGGCAUGGCGUGCACAGUCAUCAUCUUCUUUUUCACCACCGUCGCCACCCUCUCGGAGCAGAGACUUCGAUCUAAUGGACCGUUUCUCCGAUCGUGAAGUUGAGCUGCGACGUAAGGGCACGCUGUUUCGGAACCGUGCAAGGGCAAGGCGCAAUAUAGAGCGUGUAAGCGUUGAGAUAGACCCACCGGAUGUGCUCAAAACCUUGAAGGUGCGAGUCAAGUUUGCUGAGAAGAUGCUUGCACAUCUGUUGCAGACAGAGGUGAAGAUUAACGCACAGCUUGCCCGACCUCUUGAUACGGAUAGUGGUCCGCUAGAAGCAAAGGCCGUCAAGUAUUUGGGCAGAAAGCGCCGCGAGGAUAUGCAGUGACAGGAUGUGUGUGUUGCUCUUUAAGGAUAAGACUUUUACUUCAUCGCGAUUUUUAUUUCAUCAGUUUGAUGAGUUUGGACAAUUUCUGUACAUACAGAAUUAUUUAAUUGGUACUAACAUUAGGUAGGCUGUCAUUCUAUGCUACUAGUAUCAUGUGGAACAGUGCCGUUAUUUCCACAAUGUCAUCAUGCAUCAAAUUGUGGCUGCCACUGCCUUGUCGUGUCAGUCAGGAGUACUAGUAUGCAAAGAAACACUAUGAGAUUAUACCCGAGAAAUCAAUGUAAAAGCUGCAAAUGUCUAAGCUAGAUAAGUGGUGUGCUGUGCUGUGCUGUGCUGCCCGUACCCUAUGUGUGGUGCGGCUGUGCAGUACUGGCCAGUUGGUCCUUGCAUUGAGCACUAUGGCCUGCUGUCAAAGGCCUCGCUAAGCUAGAUGGAUUAAUAGUUGAUGAGUUUGGGACAUGAAGCUCGGUUUUGCGGCACUGGGACCAAUGGACGAAAUGUGUGUUAUGCUCCCAAUGUACCUAGUCCUUCUUCUUCUUCUUCUUUUUCUUCUUGGUCUUGGCAUCAGUAAAUUCCUGCGCUUCUCGUUUGAGCUUGUCUCGAGUUAGCACAUCGUUGUCAUCACCACUCUCCUCGUCAUCUGCCCGGCAAGGAAGAGCAGAAACAAAACAAAGAGGUUCUAUAUUUGCUAA